GCCUGUCCUCGGGACCGGCACACUGCGGCGUCUACGUCGACCCGUAGAGGAUCUCUGCCCGUGAUAGCGUAAGAAGCUGGACCCUCGUUGACUUCCCUUCUCGACGUCGAGGCGAAGGAGGAGCCAGGGCAUUUUGGAGUAGGAGGAGGAGCUUCUGGCCUGACGCCAUGGACGGCUCCCCCACGGUCCUUCUUUCCCUUCUAGUGGCGGGAUUAGCAGUGCUCCCACUCCUGGUCAACGCCAGAUCCCCGACUCCGAACAUACACAUAUGUCACAGCCUGACCUGCCCUGGACAGGACGGCUUCUACGCGCACCCGACCUUCUGCACAGAUUACGUCCACUGCGUUGCCGGCGUCCCAUAUGUCAAGAGAUGCCCCUCCAACCUGAACUUCAAUGCGGUGAAAGGGGCGUGUGACCACCCGAGGGACGCCCCCUGCGCGCCCUUCAAGAAGUCAUGCGAGCUGACGAUCCCCUUCGUCCCAGGAGGCGUGACAGACGACCUCGUGACGUGUGACUGCGAAGGCCCCUGCAUCAAACCGCACCCGUAUAACUGCGAUGCCUUUUACCACUGCGACGCUGCUGGAGUGGAGCACCUUACAGAGUGUCCCGGAGACUUGAUGUUCAACGCCAUGGUUGAACAAUGUGAUCUGCCGGAGAACACCAAAUGUGAACCUGCGCCCACCUGCUCCUGUGACAACUGCCGGUACCCUUCGUCUGAAAUGUGCUCUGUUUCUGGCAGUGUGAGGGUGGCCAAGCAGUGCAAUACUUCUGCAGUAGCGCUUCUCUUCAACCGUGACACCUCACAGUGCGAUCUGGCCAUCAAUGUAGAUUGCAGCGAAGGGGCCUGGGAGGAAGGUGCUUUCCUGGAAACGGCCUGCGUUGACCGACGCUUGGACUGUCCAAAGUUUGUUAAGAAUGGAGGGUGCCAGUGCAGUGGGAGUAACUGUGACUGGCAGUCAUUUGUUCUUAGGAACUGUCCAAAGUCCUGCGGCAGCUGCAAAGAAAACCAAAUUAUUAGCAAGAGAAAAUUUGCCUUAGAAGAAAAAGGACCUGGAAGAAAGUAUCAUGGAAGCAAAGAAUCUGGAAGCAAAGAGUCUAGAAGCAAAGAGUCUACAAGCAAAGAGUCUGGAAACAAAGAAUCUGGAAGCAAAGAGUCUGGAGGCAAAGGAUCUGGAAGCAAAGAGUCCGGAAACAAAGGAUCUGGAAGCAAAGAGUCCGGACACAAAGGAUCUGGAAGCAAAGAGUCCGGAAACAAAGGAUCUGGAAGCAAAGAGUCUGGAAGUAAUGAAUUUGGAAGCAAAGAGUCCGGAAACAAAGGAUCUGGAAGCAAAGAGUCCGGAAACAAAGGAUCUGGAAGCAAAGAGUCCGGAAACAAAGAAUCUGGAAGCAAAGAGUCCGGAAACAAAGGAUCUGGAAGCAAAGAGUCCGGAAACAAAGGAUCUGGAAGCAAAGAGUCCGGAAACAAAGGAUCUGGAAGCAAAGAGUCCGGAAACAAAGGAUCUGGAAGCCCAAAAAGACCGGAAGCAAAGAGACCGCAAGCAAAGACUCAGGAAGCAAAGGAUCUGGAAGCAAAGAGUCCGGAAACAAAGGAUCUGGAAGCAAAGAGUCCGGAAACAAAGGAUCUGGAAGCAAAGAGUCCGGAAACAAAGGAUCUGGAAGCAAAGAGUCCGGAAACAAAGAGUCAGGAAGCAAAGAGUCCGGAGACAAAGGAUCUGGAAGAAUGA